GCUGUAUAUAAACACUUGCAGAAUUAAGCCAGCCCUCUUUCACGUAGAGUACCUCGUCUUCACUCUUCAGAAGCUUGAAACAAAAUGCCGAAGCAGAUUCACGAGAUCAAGGAUUUCCUUCUUACUGCAAGAAGGAAGGAUGCUCGUUCUGUUAAAAUCAAGAGGAGCAGGGAUGUGGUUAAGUUUAAGGUUCGCUGCUCCAAGUACCUUUACACACUCUGUGUGUUUGACUCUGAGAAAGCUGACAAGUUGAAGCAAUCUCUUCCUCCAGGUUUGAGUGUGCAGGACCUGUGAAGAAAUUGUCUGAUCUAAAGAAAGCAAACUUUAAUCAGUUGGUUUGAUCAGAAGUGGAAGAAAUUUUGUUUUGUGCAUUUUGGUUCUCUCUCUCUCUGUGUUUUUUUCUAGCCCUUAAUAUCAAAGAGUGUCAUGAUUAAUGUUAUUGAUUUCCAUUA